AUGAAAAAUUUCUUGUGCUUAAACAAUAGUUGGAGAUUUACUUUAAAUUCCAAAGAAACACAUGUUACAAUUACACAAAAUAAGACAGUUGAAAUCAAUGGUCAAGAGAUUGCCUCCAUUUACAAUAGAAAUAUGUUGCGUUUGGAGUUUGUUUAUGAAGAUCAUAUGUUUUAUGUUUGUGCUGGUAAUGCCUUGCCAUUCUUUGGAAUCAACACUCAAUUGUACAUGGACCAAGUUAAUAUCAUCAAUGGAAGACAAUACCACACUACCCCAAUUUUCGAGCGUAUGCUUCUCUUAGUGUCUGUCUAUUUGUUUGGUGUUUUCUUUGGUUUCUGGACACUUAUUCCAAUCGCUGUAUAUACUAUCUGCCUCUACAUGUUCUUCAGACACCGUAACUAUGUAAUUGUACAAUUGCCAUCACAACUCCAGGAACACCAAGGUGUAACGGCCAUCGCUCCAGUUCAUGACCAAUCCAGAGAUAGACUUGUCACCUACGGAACUAACAAUCCAAUUAUGACUCAUGUAUUAUUACCAAUCGACGAGAAACUCCAACAACUCCGUCAACCAUCUACAAACACCGUUGUCAUUCAACCACAAAUGCCACCAACCACCUACAUCACCAACCCAGAGGAACUAAAGCAAUUGCAACCAAUCCCAACUCAACAAACACAAGUACAACAGCCACAACAACCCCAAUACACUGUAAUGCCAACUCAACAAAGCCAACCACAAAUGCAACAAGGAAUGUAUCCACAAUUCCAAACACUUUAUUCUCCAUACCAACCACAACCAACUGGUCAAUUAUAUCCAUCAUACAUCCCACCAGUCCCAAUGCAACAACAACAACCAAUGCCAACUUCACAACCAAAAUCUGUUUAA